CUUAAAAAAGCGCUUUGAGUUCAAUCUGUCAGAUCGCGGAACAAUUUUUUUUUAAUUUUGAUAUUGUUUUGUGCGAUUAAUUUUGAUUUACUAUUAAUCCAUUAGGAACAAAAUUAUUUCGUUUGUGUGAUGCGGUGAUAGCCAGGUGAAAAUGUAUGACUACGAUAUUUUAAUCGAAAAAUGUGAAGACUUUCAAAACGGCCGCCAAAAGUUCCGACAGAUGUUCGACAAUGUGAUUGAAACCGUUCUCUGUAUGCAAAUGCUUAUGUCCGAGAUGGACACAAAUUACAAUAAAAUUCUUCAAUUGCUAAAAUCGCAACCCAAGAAAGAUUCAUCUCCGUCGCCGCAAAAACGUCGCAAGGCGCAAUCUUUCGAUUCGCCGUCAUCAACGAUGAUGAUAGUCCGGCAGGAGGUGACACCACGUAACCGUAGUGACCCUGAGGUAUCGGCAUCUAUUCUGGAUCAAAAUAUAGAACUGCCCGAUACUGAGGAUUCGUUCUUUGCACUGACUCAGAGUCCCACCGUACGUGAUCCAUUGUCACCCGUUAAAAGGCAGGAUGAGAAUGCCGCAGUAACAGCGCCUAACAAAAACUCGGUUAAGGCAGAACUAUUUCCCAAUAAGGAUGAGAGUAAGACAGAGGUCAGGGAUAAAAAGAAGAAAAAAAGUAUUCUAUCGUUAAGUCGAUUCUCAAGCAGCUUUGAAACAUCCCCAGAGACGAGUAAACAGGCAGAGAUGCUUCCGAUGCGACAAAAAACCACUCCAAAGCAUAACAUGAGUAGGUUGGAGCAAGAAAACGUAGCUCCACCACUGGCAAAAUGGACAGCGAAGAAACCCGCUCCGGGAACUAUCGGAAAGAGUGAUUCCAUGUUGCGAAAAACACCGACCAGCAGUUUCAAGAAAGAUGAGUCGCUACUCAAUCGGACCCGCAUGAGACAAACGAAACUAAAAUUUCCGGAUUCUUUGAACAAGUCGUUGGCUGAUGAUGAUGAGACCUAUUUUGAGGAAUUUGUAGUGCCGAGUCCAACCUCCGUAACGACCCUCAGCGGUUCGCGGUUUUCAAAAAGUGCCAAGAAAAAAGAACAAUCAACAUUUGUCGCUCCUCCGGUAGCGAAGACGAACACAACUGACGACGAGGACUUUGACAUCGAUCAAACCUAUUUCUCGGAAGCGGAAAAGGAUCUGACUCGACCGAAACAGUUGGUUCGACCUGCGGUCCCUACACCUCGCAUCAAAACCGAACCCACGACUCAGAAAACGGUAUCGCUUUUUGCCCCAAAGCCGGCAGUGGACACGCAGAGUUCCGACACAAGUAGUGUGCUAUUCGUCAAACCGCCCUCACAGGACAUCAUCACGAUCGAAGAGUCUCAGCCGAACAAAAAGGAUUUGUUCAUGGAUGCCAUUAGGGAGGAAACCCGCAAAGAGGACACUGCCCGUCUUUCGGUACUCAAUGUUAUGGGGCCAUCAAAGCGUGAUGUCAAAAAGGUAGAACUCUUCCCCAUGAAGACUGAUUUUAAAAUGUUUAUGAAGUCCUCGGGGCCUCAGGCAGUGUCAAAUGAGCGUCGCUGUUCGAACUGUACGAAACAGUUACAGUAUUUGCUAAACUGUGGUCAUACGGCGGAUUUUGCUCGCACAAAGCUACCUCAAAGUUGCCGCGAGUGUCGACUGGCGCAACUGCACGAAACUCCUCCCGGAUUCUGGAAUCCAGAGUUCACCCCGACCCAAUUAUGAUGAUCACCCAUGUAAGUGCCAUUUGAUCCCUUUUUAUUUGGUUGAUAGAUAAGUGCAUUUAAACGAAGUUUUUGCUCUAAAGGAAUAUAAUAGUUUUGUAAUUCAGUUACGUUUUGAAACUGCUUGAAGUAGGGAAAUGAAUAAAAAAAAUGAAUUUCAAUAUUCACAA